AUGCUCCGUUUGCUGUCAGGACUUAUGGCAACAGCCAUUGAUGUCCGGAAUCUGAAUUUUGAAUAUAGUAAAAAUGUUCACAUUCUCAACGAUAUUCACCUACAAGUUCCCGAAGGUAAAAUAUUCGCACUUUUGGGGCCGAAUGGUUGCGGCAAAACAACACUACUUAGGAUAGUGUUGGGCCGUUUGAAGUACAAACACGGAUACAUCAGGGUAUUUGGCGAAGAGCCGGGCAGCGAUCGGUCAGACAUACCGGGCCCGGGGGUCGGGUAUAUGCCUCAAGAGAUCGCGCUGUUCAACGAGUUUACAAUACAAGAGAGUCUCACAUACUAUGGUAUGAUAUACCACAUGGAAAAGGAUGAGAUACGCGAACGAAUCGACGAUUUGCUGGAUCUGUUGAAUCUGCCCGAAGAGGGCCGACCCGUCAGUCAACUAAGCGGUGGUCAACAGAGGCUAACGUCGAUCGCCGUAACGAUGAUUCACAGACCGAAACUACUGAUCCUCGACGAGCCCACUGUUGGCGUCGAUUCGCUUCUUCGGUGCCGUAUUUGGCAGUAUUUGGAGAAAAUGUGCCGAAAUUUUGGAAUAACAGUAAUAAUAACCACACAUUACAUCGAAGAGGCGAGAACUGCUCAUAACGUGGGUUUUAUGAACAACGGAUGUCUCCUAAGACAGGCCAACCCUAACAAACUGAUGGACGAAUACUCGUGCCGUACACUCGAGGAUGUCUUCCUCCGACUCUGUCGACAGAAAAUGGCAGAAAACGAGUCCAAAAAGUUUUCCCAAUUGAACUCAAAGCGCGAAAACACAGUCGAAGUGUAUAAGAAAAUAGACAAAACAGAGUUCAUUGAGCCGUGCGUUGAAUACACGGGCACUAAGAAGGAGCGAGGUCAUAAUUACAAGACUAGUGCCACCAAAAGCAACAAAUUCAUAGACAAAGACCGGCUGAAGGCGUUGAUACUGAAGAACUUUAUCCGAUCCAAACGCAAUCCAUUGGUAUUCAUUGUGUUUUACUUAAUACCAGUGAUAUCUCUAUCGUUUUGUACGCUAACCAUCGGUCCAAAGCCACAACACGUGACGGUUGCCGUCUAUAACGGAGAGGCGGACCCGAAGCUAUCGCAAGCCUUUGUCGACCGCAUCGACAAACAAUUUAUACAAGAGAUCUAUUACCCGACCGCCGAAGCGGCCAUCGAGUCGGUGGUCAAGGGAUACAACGCCUACGCCAUGACAUUUCGGCCUAAUUUUACCGACAGUUUUGAGACCAGAAUGAUAUACCCCUUAGACUUGAACGACGAAGAGAUCGAGGACUCAAAGAUCAGACUUUACGCCGAUAUGUCUAAUACAGUGGUCGGCACUUAUGUCUACGACUAUUUGUUGGAGACUUUCCAAGCAUUCCUAAUGGACUACAGUGUGUCCAAAGGCUAUAAUCCCAUCUCAUUCUCAAUGCCCGUUAAGUUUGAACAACCGAUCUUUGGUGUGAACGAUCAUUCAUUCAAGGAUUACGUGGCGCCGGGCAUACUGUUGGCCAUUACCAACACUUUACCCAUCAUUAUGUCAGCCUUUUUGAUCAUUUUUGAACAGAAGAGCGGUUGUCUGGACAGAGCAUAUGUCGGCGGCGUUAAGCCCAUAGAAGUGCUGUUCGCUCACAUGAUUCCUAUAGUGAUUGGCAUUAUAUUUCAAGUGAUGCUAAUUAUGUUCAUAUCGUUUGUCGUUUUUGGGUCCACUCUUCGGGGAUCUGCUGUCGAUGUCUAUAUACUGCUCUUUCUUCAGGGUCUGGAGGGCGCGAGUAUUGGACUUUGCAUGUCGUUAAUACUUCCCGAUGAAGUCUAUGCUAUGAUUGGUAUAUCGGCUCUGAUGUUACCGCUAUGGAUCUGUUCGGGUGUGUUGUGGCCAUUGGAGGCCAUUCCCUAUUAUCUCCGACCCCUCACCUACUGGUCUCCGCUAACACUUCCCAUC